AUGUCUCUGUACGAAGUCUGGCAAGCAGCUGCAAGCAGCCCCUUCCAGCCCACGGUUGGGAAGGACAGCCAGCUUAUCCUUGGACUGAGUCUGUUGCUCAUUGGAUUUGUGCUUACUGGUCUCUUCGGGCUCAAUCGAUCUGCUCUCUCUGUACCUCUCUUCGGGAUCCCUGCCUCGCUAGCAUUCGGGUUCGGUGCUGUCUUCGCAAUCUGCGGCUUCGGUGUAUACGUCUGA